AUGUUUCAGCCUCAACCCACGCCCUACUCCGCCUCGUCCUUUGCUUCCUAUCCGUAUGGCUUAGGCGCCGGCCACAGCCUCGACUUUUUGUUCCCCACGGGCGGAGCAGGCAUAGCAGCUGGAGCUGGAGCUGGAGGAGCUGGAGCUGGAGCUGGAGCUGGAGGCGGACUUGGAGCUGUAGCUGGAGGCGCUGGAGUUGGAGCUUCGGCUGGAGCUGGCCCUGGAAGCGCUCUCGGGCCAGCAUCUUGCGGUGCUCUCUAUCCGUACAGCUCGCCGUCUCCGCACUCGGUCUUGCAGCACCACCAUCUGCCCCAGCGGCGGCGACUCGAUCGAUCCGGCAGCCCAAUCAUCAAGAUGGAGGAGCAGGACUCGGCGCUGCACGACAUGGCCGCGCAACAGGCGGCGGCCGAGCGAUUCCAGCCGGGCCUCGAGGGACCGUUUGUCGGCGAAAAGACCCCCAGCGAUGCCAUCACCCAGGAAUACGCAAAGGCCGACCCUGUCUAUGUCGAGAAGACCAUCGCUCUACCACAGACAUACUCCCACUACCGCCAGAUCAAGGGCGAUGGAAACUGCGGAUGGCGCGCAAUUGCCUUUGCAUACUACGAAAAGCUCAUCGACCUCGGAGACCAAGGCCAGAUCGAGGGCGAGGUGGCUCGCCUCAUGAGCCUCGGCCACAUGAUCUCCAACAUCGGCCGCUACGAGUAUCACGAAGACUUCGCCGAAGAGGCGCACAACCUGCUGCGGGACAUUGCCGCCAACAUAGCAAACCCGGGCCUGGCUCGAGUGAUUUUGCUCCAGCGCUUCAACGACAGCACCAUCGAGGCCAACAUCAUCUACUACUUCCGCAUACUGUCGGCCACCUCCCUCAAGGCGAACGCGGCCAUCUACGACGACUUUGCUGCUGAUUUCGGCGGCAUUGCAAACUACUGCUCGCAGGCCAUCGACAUUGUCAACCGCGAGAUUGAGCACCUCGGCAUCAUUGGCCUGGCCAACCUGCUGCUCAAGCCCAUCGACUUUGUGCUGGAAAUCGCGUAUCUGGACCGCAGCCCCGGAAGCCAAGUUAACCGCUACCGAUUCCCGGAGGAGGCCAACUCGCAGGACACGACCGCUCUCGGGCCCACGCUGUACCUGCUAUACCGUCCCGACCACUACGACAUUCUCUAUCGAGCACCGCCCGUCCAGGCUCCCGCUCCGCCGGCCAUACCCGUCUCCGUUCCUGCGCCUUCUGGCUCUGCCGAUCUACAGAUCCACCGGGUGGACGGCUUCACCAACGGCCUCACAAUCAGCCCAACGGUUUUCGCGAACAACAUGGGUCUUCUCAACACGCUGCCGGGCUUCACCAUGAACUCGCUGGGUCAAUUGGGCGUGGGCGGAUUGGGCGAGUUGAGCGUGAGCGUCAUGUCCCCUUUGACGUCACCGCCGCCGGCGACCAGCCCUGUCGGCGAACCCUUUGUGCCAUCGCAGCAGUCCGGCCCCUGGGAGCCACAGUAUCCCGAGGUGUCACAGCAGCAGCCACCGCCGCCCUCGACGCUCCCUCCCUCUUCUGCGGUGGCGGUCAGCCCCAUGACUCCGAACGCCUCAAUGACACCCAGCCCUACCACGAGGAGUAGCAGCAUUAGCAGCCUUCUCCCCUCAAACCCCCCGGCACCGCCUGUGGCUUCCCCGUCGGGAUACCACAUACGGUUCAGCCCCGUCCAGCUGGAGUAUGAAGAGAGCAACCGCACUGGUAUCCGGGAGCCGGUCUUCCAGACGACGCAGAGCACCACGUUUAAGAACAGCGUAUGGAACAGAGCACACUACGGAAAUCCCGAUUUUCACCCCGAAGAAUACGUUCCGGAUGAGGAGCACUGGGAGAGACGUGGUGGACGCGCAAAGGCGAAGAGCAGCUCGUGA